AUAAUUUGUGUUUCAGGCUACUGCACAUAGUUCUGAGGACAUUAUGUUUUCCUCUGAUUAAAAGGCCAUUAAGGUGGGAGAGUGGGAGGACCUUUGUUUUUCACAUGGUGGGAGGGAGGCGUCAGAGCGGGGUGUGUUUGGGAGAGGAGGAGGAAGGAGGGUGGAGGGAGAUCCUUUCAAUGCGUCCGGCAGCAGUCUGGUGCGUAAAGAGCGCGGCACAGAGCGCGUCUCUUCUGUCCACUUGUGUCCUUCACGGCCUGGAUUAUCGCUUCCUCUCCGUCUCCUUCUCACUCGGUCUGCACGCGCUCUAAAUGAAGCUUGGGUCUUCUCCGUGACUUUCUUCGCCAUGAGCUGCCUGGAUGUGAUGUACCAAGUGUUUGGUCCUCAGCCUUAUUUCAGCUCCUACAGCCCCUAUCACCACCAGGUAUGGACCAAAUAUUCACCUCAAAGUAGUUUCAAGUGGAUCUGACUCUGUGGUCGACUUUGUGUUUUUGUUUGGAUGCGGAGAAAACUUUGAAGAGAUCCAGAUGGCAGCGAAUGAAACUUAUUUAGGUGUAGAAACAGCGACUAAAGCGGAUUUUAUCUUUAUAGAUCAGCAAAACGUAUCAUGUCCCCCCUAUAGUCCUGUACACCACUCAGCUUUACCUAUAGUUACAAACAUUUCUUGUAUAGAUACUUCCUAUAUUUACAAAAAAUAUUAAAAUUACUAUAAACGUGAUUUACGCACCACUAAAGCUUUAACCUGCAUGUACACCUUAGCUGCAGCAAAGGAAUUACACACACACAUGCACAUACAUAGACAGUAAGUGGGAGUUAUAAGUCCAUUUCAACUGUUAACACUAAGUUCAGUCCUUCAAAACUCAAGGGAACGUCUUGUUUUUAUUCUUUUAUAUAUUUUAAAUUUAAAAAUAGAUAAUCCUGAUUCAGCUCCAAGUUCUGAGAUUGUGUGUUUCAUAUACACCUCCUUAUCCUUCAGCUUAGUUCUUGGGAAAGUUUUUAAAAAGUUUUAAAGAGUCCUUAUUUUGAUGGCUUAAUUUAGAAAAGCUUGGCUCCAUUUUUCAUGCUCAGUAACUACUUAAGAAAAUGAAUCUUCAAGGAUUUUGUUCAUCUGAAGUUUCAUUUUCUUCCGAAAGCUGCAGUGCUGAAGGGAUACAGCGAUAAUAAAGGAUUUAAUCAAUCAUGAACUUUUUUUUUACCUUUGACAACUUUUCCAACAGCACAAUUAUCAUUUAAGAGAUGAGUUAUAAGAUAAGACUCACUGGUGUUGCUUUUUUAGUGCCAAAUUUGAGGUUUUGUAUAAAAGUAAAAUGGUUUUUGUACAAUAAUCCCAUUUAACCUAAAACAUGUCACUCUUAUUAGACAAGCUCAAAAUAACUUAAACUUAAAAAAUUGGAUGGACAAUUUUUUUGAAAGGCUGUAACUGAUUCAGAGUCUGUUUAUGUGGUGGACAAAGUGAGUUUUGGCACUAUGUGAAAUAUUCCUGAAUGUUGACCGAGAGGUUUUAAGAGAGUGAAAAAAAGGACCUCAAACAGGUCUGAAAGAGCUCACAAAGAAAACCCUCGAACAACUUUAUUAUAAAACCACAAAUUUGACAUUAAAAAGCAACACAAGUAAGUCUGAUGUAUUGUAUUAUUCUUAUUUUAUGAGACAAUAUUCUGAUUAAAAGGUGCUAACAAAAAAUUAAUGUGUAAUGAUACAUGUUUUAUUUAGAGAAUGGUUAUGUGAACAAAUGUAUGAAUUAUAAAUGCGCAAUUUUUUCAGGUCUUUGUGUGCCAAAGUAAUGAGGCAAAACUUAUUUCAUUUGAAAACAACCAGAAACUCUAAAAUGAACAAAUUUGUUUUGCAGUUUGUGUCCGAUUAAGAGUGAGGAGAAAUAUCAGGUUUAAUAAGUUAAAGACCACUGUACACUUGUUAAUGAUAGUUACAUGAAGUAUGAGAAAAGAUUUUUAUUGGAUUAAAAAAAACAUAAGUUGUAAUAUUCAAAAUUAAGUCUGUACAUACUCUGAUGUUUGCAGUGAUAGUUGCCAGUUUGCACUAGUUUAGAGUGAAAAGACUGUAGGUGCAUGUAAAUAAAGUUAUUUUUAAUAUUAAAAAAAUACAUUGUACCAGUAUAAAUGGAUCAAUGUCAAAUAGCAUUAUAACCACCCACUGUUUAUGUACCUUUCUGUCCUACGUAGAAACUGGCGUUGUACUCCAAAAUGCAGGACCCCCAGGACAGCGGCAGCCGGCUCGGCCCCUCGGGCCCACCGGUGAUCAAAGAGGAGGACAAGGAACUCCCGCCGGGGGCUGAGUACCUGAGCUCCCGCUGCGUCCUCUUCACCUACUUCCAGGGGGACAUCAGCGCCGUGGUGGAUGAGCACUUCAGCCGAGCCCUCAGCCACACGACCGCAUACUCCCCCUCUACCAGCCACAAGGCCAUAAGAGGUGUGUGUGCACGUGUGUGUAUGUGUAUGUUUGUGUAGAUCUGUGUGUGCACUUCCUAUCAGUGUGUGUGUUGGUGUUGUCCUUGUUUGUUAGAGAGGAAAAGUUCAAACAUUAAGGAUUUGAUUUCUCAAAUGAAAAUGAAAAGUUGGUCUGAUAUUGUUUUUAACUUAGUAGAGUUAGUGAAAUUCCAACAAUGAGUCAGUUUGAACUUUCGAAGACUUUAUUCAUGUGCUUUAAGUUUUUCAAUAUUUGGUGGGAAAUAUGACGCAAAAGAAGAAUUUAUCCCUCAAAAUUUCAACAUAACAAAGCUUGAUUUCUUGUUAUGAAGACAUUAUUUAUUUUGCUGCUUGGCAGGUCUGUGGCAGGUUUUUUUCAGGAUCAGUCCUGAUUGUCAAAGGGGUUGAAAGCUGUUGGUGAUUUCUGUAGUUUUAUGCAGUUAUUUGUAACCAGUAUCACACAUUUUCAGUUAAUAUUAGUUGUAUGGACAGAACAUUUUGCUUUCGUGUGAGUUUAGGGUUGAAUACUCUGCAUUUAAAUAAAAAAUGAAAAACUAAAGUUUUGAGAACUUCUAUCAUGUUUUAUUUCUAACAGUUGUAACCAGAGUCGUCGUGGUCCCAGGUAAAGACUCAAUCAGUUAAAAUAUGCAGGAAAAAGUGAGGGUUGCUUUAAUCUGAUAUGAUUUGAUCAGCCCCCAUGUUUACUUUUAUUGUAAGUUUCCUCAGUAAAAUAGUGGAGUUAUUUUAAAAAAAAAUGUUUAUGUUUUUGAUUGUUUUAAAUGGACAGCAGCUUGUAAAAUGGAGUCCUGAAGUUGAAAAAAAGGACUUAAUUCCUCUGCAUUUUUUAAUUUUUUAACAUUAUUAGAACUAAAUACGAUUUGGUAGAGAUGAUGUGUAUACAGAAGAGUAACCAGAGACAGAUCAGGGACAAUUCAAAGAUAGAAAGUGAGAUGAAAAAGUCAGUGAGACUUACUAAAAUAGGACAGUUUUAUAUUAAAAAAAAGAUUAUAGUGGUUUUACAUAUUUAAUCCACUAAAUCCAGAGUUUGAUGAUUAUAAAACUUUACAACUUUAGGAGUUGAAGUAGAGAGUUUCUUCUCAGAAAAAAUGAUCAAAAUGAAAAGUAUUUUACAUAAUACAAAUAAAGUCAAACUCGGUUGUUUCAGACGUGUUUAAGUGUUACAUAAACAUGUUCAAUUUUUUGAGAAUUCGCACUCUGUGGGUAUCAGUGUUUCAGCCUAAUUAUUUCCAAAAUCACUUCAAAUCCAAAGUACAAACAUUUCAGAUCUAUUGUCAUAGGUUAAGAAAACACACCAUAACAGCUCACCUGAUCCCAGAGAAACACUCAAACAUUCAGAAAAGGCUCAACAGAGGAAUAACAAUGUCACCUCUGUUGUUUGAAGACUGAAAGACUCAAACCGGAUCACACUUAAAAGUCUGAGCAUGUUUGCAUAAUUGUUGGUUUAUGAUUCAAGUGAAUGCAGAUUAUAUAUGAUGUCAUUCUACCUUUGAAAGUUAAUGAACAUCUAUGUAAAUUAUAGUAGCUGUCACUUUGUGUCACUCUGACAAGGCUGAUGUUAGAAAAUGUGUUUUCUAAGCUCUCUGGGCACUUUGUCCUUUGAUGGACACAAAGAGAAAAUAAACUAUUUUGAUUGAUUUAUUGAGUAUUUUUGGUGUGAUUAUGAAACUGUCGUACAGUUGUUUCUAUUGAUAAUUGAUGAUUCUUUAAAAAAUAGAGAAUAUUUUGAAGUUUUUCCCCAAAACUUUAUUACAUUUUACUCCUGAUCGAGUAUCAUCAGACUAUGUACCAACAGGUUGCUGAGUAAAAUCAUACUAAAUCAAAUCCUUAUUUUAAAUAUAGCUGUUAAUUUAUUCAAGAAGAUAAUAAGAACAUGGUGGAACGAUGUCUGCCUAAUUACAAUAUUUUGGUGAAUCCAAGGAAAACUUUCAUCAACUGCUGACCUGCAUUUCUCAUCUUUGUCACUAUUGCAUGAUCAUGAGGUAUCUGAGAUAAUUGUGAACAAUACCCCUAACUUAGGAUUUCCUGCUCUAAUGUCUUCAGGUCAGAGAUCCUGAAAUUUUCUGGAAAUUUCCUGUCGAGCAUGUCUUGAAACAGCUCAACUAACUUGUGCUCUUGGCUUCUUUACAAGUCAUGCUCAAUAACAGCUCACGUAAACUCAACAUUGGCUCAAAUUGCAGAAAACAUAUUGAAAAAUGGGCAAGAUCAGCUCUGAUAUGACAGUUAAGAUGAGUAUCGGGACGUCCUUAUUCCUCGCUUAGCAAAAAGAAUUUGGUAAACAGUUAAAGACUCUUAGGAAGCUCCAGCCUCAGAUUUCCAGACAGUAACUUUACCAAACCUGCUCUAACGCUUCACUGAAGGUUAGCCUGGUAAUGCUUUUUACUUAUUUAAUAGAUGUUUGUAUUUCUGUCCUCAUAGACGGAUCAUUCCCUAUGAGUCAGAGGAGUUUCCCUCCGUCCUUCUGGAACAGCUCCUACCAGCCGUCCGUCUCCUCCACGCUCGGCAGCGCUCUCUCAGCUCCCCACACAGACCUCCCCUUUCACGGGGACCCGUACUCCUCCGCCUCCCUGCACAGCCACCUCCACCAGCCCAGCCCUGACGCCUGGCACCCAUCACAUCACCACCACCAUCAUCACCACCCUUACUCACUAGGAGGAGCUAUAGGCAGCCAGGGAUCUGCAUACUCACGUCCAGGCGUUCACGAGAUGUACGGCACGGCGUUUGAUCCACGUUACAGCUCUCUGCUGGUGCCGUCAGUGCGGCCGCAUCAUCGUCUAACGUCCAGCAGCUCAGUCUCAGGUCCAAGUGGGUCGCCAUGUGACCUGGGAGGGAAGGGGGAGUCGGGGUCAGGUGCGUCUUGGAGUGGCGCUUUCACUGGAGCCGGCUCAGAGAUUGGACUCAACAUGGACACAGGUACUUAUGUUUUUUUUUUAAGUUGGAUCAACUUAAGUUUUAAUAAGAGGACGUGUCAGUGGAUAGAGCGGGAAACUGUCGGAGAAUGGAGAACGACAGUAAAGGGUUGGAAAUAAGGCCGAGCCACCAGCUUUGUAAACUGAGGCCUGUAGUUUAAACUGCUAGACCGAAAUGGCAUCUCUCGAGCAACUGCUCUUAAACCUUAAUUUUUACACACAGGUACACAAACUUGAUUGGCUUGCUAGCUAGUGAAGGAUAUUUACCAAAUCAUUACAUUAAUAGCCUUGAAAUGAAGAGCAAAGUCCACCAACAGGUCAGGCAAAACUACCAACAAUUGACAAUAAUAGUAUUCUUGAUCCAUUUCUCAAGACUAUCUUUGUCCGGCUGGUGAGUGUACGUUUAGUGUCCACCGUCAUACAGGAUUCUUCUUGAAGCGCAACCCUUUAUAGAGUAGACUGGACCCUUACUGUCCAAGCACGCCACAUUUAGAGGCUCUAGACAUUGGUAAAAAUUUAAACGUAGAGUUAUAUAAUAAGUAUAGGCAAAGGUAGAAAAUUGAUUAUGCAGUGGUUGUAGCUGAAGCCUCACCACAGUAUGAGGCUACUUGUUGACCAGUAGUUCGUCAAAUGGGUUUGGAGUUUGUAGGCGAGACACUAGAUUUUAAGGACCGUAAUGCUUCCUCUAACGGCACCCUUUGGUCUCAGUUUAAGACUCAGAGUUGAUUUUUGACGCUUUGCCAAUGCCACUCUUUUAUUUGUCAACUACAGUGUAUGUCCGGUGAAGAAAUCCAUGCCGCUUGAUUGAAUAUGCAUCGCUACAGAUGGAAACAUUGCAAUUAAUCUCCAGAUUUAAUUAGUACAGCACAAUGUUAAAACUGCCUUCAAAGAAAAAUAAACAAAAAAUAAAAAAGAGGACAUUAAAUAUGAAUAUUAACAUCUGCAGAUUGACCUAUAAAUCCUUAAUAGUGCACAUAAAUCAAUUGCUUUACAUAAGAACUACUUAAAGCUUUUUGGAAAAACCACAGAACAUGUUUUCACAAAAUUUUAAAAUUGAUUUCGACUUAAUUUGGUUUUAUCUUAUAUGCAGAAUAACAAAAACCCAAAUAACAGAAAUGAAUUCAAAGUUCAAGGGUCGAAUGUUCGUUCAGUGUGUUUUUAAUGUGGACCAAUCAGUGCUGGCAACAUUUGAUAGUAAACAACUAAAAAGGAGGAAGGAAAGUUUAGAGAAACUAGGUGUCAACAAGGACCAGCAAACCAGACCAGGCACUGAUCAUGGGACUAUCAUAUAUGUAAAAUGAGAUAAUGUUACAUUAAGCUUAACUUAUUUCACUGUAAACUUAAUGUUCUCAGGAUAAUUUGCUCUAAGGUUGAUAAAGGAUUACUAUUAAGUCAGUUGAUUGGUCUUAAGUGUGCAUCCAACUUCCAUUUAUCCCACAGCAUUUAAAAAAAAAACUAUCAAAAACUGUGUGGUGAAAUUUCAACAUUAAUCCUGAUUCAAAUAGAGAUUAUUUCGUCUAUCUUGCUUCCACCUACCUCGAGAGGUUUAGCCAACAAUCUGACUGUCAAUCAGCACCUUAACACCAGCUGUCAACUUGCUUUUCUGCUGCCGUCUAGCUUUCAUCUCUCCUCUGCCUCGGGCAGUUCCUCCUGCUUUUAUCAACAAGACAUUUGCACUUCUUUUUCUAAUCUCCCUUUUCUUGCUUUCCUCUUUUCCUUCCUCUUUUCUUUGCUCCUCUCUCAGGUCUGCAGGCACAGGAUAAGAGCAAGGAUUUGUAUUGGUUUUAGAGUCCCCCCUCUUCACUUCUACUUCAGCUGUAGCCUCUUUUCCUUCACUCCUGCUCUGCUCUGUUGCUCUGCUGCUGUCAUGGGAUGACUGACAGAGAAACUGAAAUUUAAUUGAAGACGGCAGUUUUGUGCUGUAACUGCUUCUGGUCUACUUGCAGCUCGGUGUUACGGUGGACUGUGCAGCAGCAGCACAGCCUUGCUGAGCUGAAAGCUGACAACGCGGAUCUAAAGCGAGUGUGGAAACAAAAGUCGACUCACAGAGACGAAGAAGAAGAAGAGGAAGAGAAUCUGAUCUUGACGGAUGUGGACAAAGACAGAACUCUUUGUGCUUCUGUAACAGGCAGGGACAACAUUCCUAAAGUUGAAAAAGUCUGGGGACAGACGGACAGAGACACGUGUUGUUGAGCUCCAAAGACAAGCGCUUUAAGGACUUGGCAGGAGGUGCUUCACAGGGACAACUGGGCGAAAGACACUGGGGGUGUUAUGGCUGGAGGGAGGACUGUACUUGUGUUGAGGAGGCCGCACAGCAAGAAUCUGCCAGACUGUGAAUGGCAAGAGUCCAAACACUUUGGUUUACAUAGAGUAUUGGUACGAUGUAAACUGUCUGUAUCAAUGUUACUGUUUUAUGGCACAUUAAAAGUUAAAUUAAACAGUUUCUGAGGCUUUUUAACUGAUAUGAACUUAAGAAUUUUUC